AUGCCAGAGCAAGCGGCUGGUACCGUGGCGACCGCGGUGAUCAACGGGAUCACCGACAGGGCACUCACCACGGUGAUGCGGAAGCUGCAGUCACGAUCCCGCUCGGCGGCCACGGACGAGAAGCUGCAGCGGCUGGAGACGCUCGUGCUCAAGCUCCGCUGCGCGGUCGAGGUGUCCGAGAAGCACGCCAUCGGGAGCACCUCGCUGCUGGAGUGGCGCGACAGGCUGAGGGAGGCCGCCGCGGAGGGCGGAGCGGUCGUCCUCGAUUUCCAGCGCCGAGCCAGGGAGGAGUGUGGCGAGGCGGCGUCAACGAGCGCUAGCGCUAGCGCGAGCGCGCCCGACCAGCAGCAACCCGCCGGCGCCUUGUAUUUCACGAGGAGUGCUCUGUCUGGUAUGGCCCAGCGGGUGCGCGACGUCACGAGGAGGCUCUUCUCGACCGAUGAGGACAAGAAGUAG